AUUGCAGUGGAUAUACGGGAGGGUAUGAGGGGCAUUUUGGUCAUUUCAUUUUACCGACACGCUAUUGAUUGAUGUCUACCGUAUUUUAUGGCCGUAAGUUGCCUUAGUGGGAACCCAAUUACAGAAUAGUGAUAACCUUAUGACAUGUCAAAAUCAACGAUUAUAUCGCUGCCUUUUUGGACCAUCCGUGUUAUUUAUCGUCACCAAGGUGUAUUCUGCAGUGGAAGAUUUGAUUUGUCUGUUGUCGCCGGAGUCAGCACGAUCAGGCCCGGGGAUGAGCUCAAUUCCACUACUUUCCUAGUUUCUGAAAGUGGGAACUUCACCCUAGGGUUCUUCAAUAGUCAAGAAACUAAUUACAGUUAUUUGGGUAUUUGGUACAGCAAUGAUGAUCAGAAUAGGAGAGUUUGGGUUGCCAAUCCAAACAAUCCUAUUUCCAGCAAUUCUGGCGUUCUCGCCAUGGAUAGCACUGGGACCUUGCAGAUUACUAGUGGAGGGAAGACAGUUCUGAACAUUUAUGAUCAGAGUUCAUCUGGAAACAUUAUUGCUAAACUAGAAGAUACUGGCAAUUUUCUUCUGACUGAUGAAGUUGAGAGCAAGACUUUGUGGCAGGCCUUUGAUCAUCCGACCAACACACUUUUGCCUGGCAUGAAACUUGGUUUCAACACUGCAACUGGGCAGAUCUGGGCUCUUACUUCAUGGCUGACUGGAUCUUCUCCAGCGUCGGGGGCCUUCACUUUGAAAUGGGAACCUACCAAUGAGUCAGGGGAGUUGGUCCUGUACCGGCGAGGAGUGCGGUACUGGGCUAGUGGGACCCUGAAAAAUCAAUCUUUCGAAUUCAUGUAUGUGAAUUUUCCUUGGUCUCAGUACAAUUACACCCUCAGUUACACAUCCAACAAUGAUGAGAAGUUCUUCAGUUUUAGUCCCCCUGAUGGAAGCAGUUUAUGGAUGUGGCAAUUGACUCCAACUGGGGGGAUUCUUGAAGGUCCUACUUCUUUAUACUUUAAGAAUGGAGAUUUUUGUUAUGGGUAUCAAUCGAAUGAUGGAUGUGUGAAUUCAGUGAGGCCCCAGUGCAGGAGAAGUAAUGAUAAAUUUGUGCAGAAGAGAGCACUUUUUUCAGGAAGUGAUACUUCUCAUCAAUAUGAUAAUAAUUCAAGCCUAAGCAUUAGUGAUUGUAUGGAGAAGUGCUGGAAUAAUUGCAGUUGUAUUUCUUUUGGUGACUAUAGCAAUGGAACAGGUUGUAUAACUACAACUGGAAGUUUGGAGAAUUUAGUGGAAAACGUCAAUUACAUGACUGUAUAUGUGCUGGCUCAAGGAAAGUCAUCUAAAAGUAAAUAUUGGAUAUGGAUUGUGAGUGCAGCUGGUUCUCUACUUAUUGUCAUUUUGGGCAGUCUUUGCUACCUAAGAAUGAGAAGGCACAGAAUAGAAGGAGAGGAGAAAAAGAGGGAAAAAGACUAUAUAAAGGAGUUGAUGCAUUUUGACAGCCUUAAUACUGCAACUCAUGUUGAAGAUGAUGGAACAGAAGGUCAUGACUUGAAGUUACUUAGCUUUGCAUCCAUUGUGGAGGCUACAAAUAACUUCUCAGAAGAAAAUAAGCUCGGACAAGGUGGUUUUGGACCUGUUUACAAGGGAAAGUUACAAGAAGGAAGAGAAAUAGCAGUUAAGAGACUUGCAAGAAUGUCAGGCCAAGGCCUUGUGGAGUUAAAGAAUGAACUUAUACUAAUUUCCAAACUCCAGCACAGGAAUCUUGUUCGGGUCCUUGGGUGUUGCAUUCAUGGAGAAGAAAAGAUGUUAAUAUAUGAAUACCUUCCGAACAAGAGUCUGGAUUUCUUUCUCUUUGAUCCAUCUAAAAAGGAGCUACUAGAUUGGCAGAAGCGUUUAAAUAUCAUUGAUGGGGUUGCUCAGGGGCUGCUUUAUCUUCAUAAAUACUCAAGAAUGAGAGUGAUACACAGAGAUUUAAAAGCCAGUAAUGUAUUAUUAGACGAAACCAUGAACCCCAAAAUAUCUGAUUUUGGCAUGGCAAAAAUUUUCAAGCAGAAUGAGUCUGAAGCAAUUACUAACAGAGUUGUUGGAACAUAUGGCUAUAUGUCACCUGAGUAUGCCAUGGAAGGUACUUUCUCAGUGAAAUCUGAUGUUUUCAGCUUUGGAGUCUUGAUCUUGGAAAUUGUGAGCGGCAGAAAAAACACUAGCUUCCAUAAUUUUGAUACCCGUUCGAUCAACCUCAUUGGAUACGCAUGGGAGCUGUGGAAAGAAGGGACUGCAUUGGAGUUGAAGGAUCCAGCACUGGGAGAUUCGUGCGUCCCAAGCCAAUUUCUAAGAACCAUUCAUGUGGGUCUGUUGUGCGUGCAAGAAAAUGCAAGUGAUCGGCCUACAAUGCCGGAGGUUAUCUCUAUGCUCGGUAAUGAAACUAUGGCUCUGCCAGCUCCCAAACAGCCGGCAUUUUUCACCGGAAGAAAUGUGCUUCGAACGGCGGAGAAUGCAUCUGAAAGUAGGCCAAAAGAUCGUUCAGUAAAUGAUAUGACUAUUUCUGUGAUGAAUCCGCGAUAAUGGUAUGAAUUCCUUCAGCACAAGGAUUUGAAUCCCUAUUAUACAGUACUUUCUGUCCAAUGGAACCCGGAAAUUUCAUGAAGGCAAUAAUAUUUAUGUUUGUUGUAUGAAAUUUUUUUGCUUCUUUUGCUAGGAGACUUAUAAACUGCCAUAAAUUAGCGAGGGAUUGGCACAGUUGCAGAAUAGUUAUGGCAUCGUUCCAAAUUGCUCAAUUCUGCCAAACUUAUAAUACGGGUCUGUUUAAACUUGGGAUGAUUGUCCUUGCUCGACCUCCGGUGUUCAUCCUCUCGAUUACGUCAUGGGGAGGGGAGUUUGUUCAUAUUUCAUGCUAUAAAAUCUUGAUUCACCUGUUAUUGUAUAAAUCUUAAUUGAAAUCUGAGACUGAUCAUAAUUCAUUUUGUUUCUUGAAAUA